AUAAAUUACCGCACACAGAACAAGCCUCACACACAUCACGGAGUCUGGACUCAACUCAGCAUAUGGUGAACAUGUGGAAGUUUCUGGUCUUCAUCGCGGCUGUGGUCGUCUGGCCGGACUCGGCACAAGGCCAAGAAUACCUGACCACGGUCGACAAUUGGAAUUUUUACAAGGUUCGGGCUUCUGGACCCAUGUCCAAUCAAAACGUCAAGUUCACUUGUGAAGCGAUGGGGAUGAGAUAUCCGUGCUACUACUCAGGUACGGGCGGGUGUACCAGCACCUGGACCUCAGACUGUAUCACGUUUGACGACGCCGGUGUCAACUGUUAUACCCAACAGGUUCUCUCGACAAACCUGUGUGGAACUACUAUCCCUUGGCACUGCCAGCCCCUUGAUGACACCUUUGUGUACUGCCCUGGCUGUUGGAGUGAUGAUGGCAGUUCUGUGGGAACGGACUACGAGACUCACAACUGGCAGCUGCAGCAGGGAUCACACUACAACAACAUGUACGCCCUGUGUGCAGAUAUCGAUGACUGCAGCAGCGCCCCCUGUCAGAAUGGAGCAGUAUGCCAGGACGGAGUGAACAGCUUCACCUGUCAGUGUGUGCCUGGGUAUGCUGGAACUCACUGUGAAACAGAUAUCGAUGAGUGCAGCAGCGCCCCCUGUCAGAAUGGUGCUACAUGUCAGGACGGAGUGAACAGCUUCACCUGUCAGUGCGCACACGGUUAUACUGGAACUCUGUGUGAAGAAAUUGACGAGUGCAGCAGCGCCCCCUGUCAGAAUGGAGCAGUAUGCUAUGAUGAGUUUAACAACUUCACCUGUCAGUGUUCAGCUGGGUAUGCUGGAACUCUCUGUGAAACGGAUAUUGACGAGUGUGCGAGCAGUCCGUGUUUAGGAGGCGGAACUUGCGUGGAUCACGUGAACGGCUACACCUGUGUCUGUCCUAAAGGUCACAUGGGAGACAAGUGUGAAACGGUUCCAUACUUUGACGGCUGCCUGCUGUUCUCCUCCGAUGCCGUGUCCUAUCCCGAAGCGAGCCAGGAGUGCCAGACCAGGGGAGGGCACCUGGUGGAUGUGAAGGAGGCCGAGCUGCAGCGGCUCAUCGCUGACUCCAUCCCUGCCGGAAGUGACGUGUCCCCGUGGACUGGACUAAAGCUUUCCCCGGGGGUGAUGACCUACACAGACGGGACCAGCGUCUCAGGUCAGUUCCAAUGGUCGGCUAGUGAACCCACCACCUCCUGUGAGCUGUGUGCUUACCUGGACAACACGGACGGCUAUCUCGCUCGCACCGCCUCGUGUAUGGAACAGCAUCACUACGUGUGCCAGUCUGACCUGAAGCCCUGCCAGCGGAACAUCUGCUACAACAACGGCGUCUGCUCGACCUGCUUUAACGACUCCUACAGCUACUGUUCCUGUCUGGAUGGGUACGAGGGAGACAUCUGCAAUAUCGAUACCGAUGAAUGCGCCUCCAAUCCUUGUCAAAACGGCGGAUUCUGCAUGAACGGGGUGAACUCCUACCACUGCCACUGCACUGUAGGGUACGGAGGGGAGACCUGCCAGACAG